GGAUUAUCUUAUCUUGCUCCCCAAUAGCUACAUAAAAGUACAAUAACGCCCGUUGCACUUGAUUUCACCGUUGGGUCCUCGAUAGUUGAGAAUGACCAUGACCUACACGAUGAGCAAAGAAAAUGGCACUAGCUUCGCAACCCGCGAGCUCAUUACCUUAGAAUCUCCCAUCACGAAAUCUAACGGCCAAGACUUGGAGAAAUAUAGAACUGAUGAUAUCCCUGGACAGGUUGCGGAGAAAUGGCGAGGUACUCAAUCAGACAAGCAUGAUAUGGAUGUCCUAGGGAAGAAGCAGGAACUGCGCCGAAACUUCAAAUUCAUCAACAUGUUGGGGUUAUCAAGUACCGCUAUAGCAAGUUGGGAAAUACUACUUCCACUAUUCGCUUACUCUCUGGAAGAUGGAGGAACUGCCGAUAUGUUCUGGGGCUUCAUUGUUGGGACAUUUGGUAUGAGUCUGGUAUACGCCAGUAUCGCCGAGAUGGCUUCCAUAUCGCCUACUGCCGGAGGCCAAUAUCACUGGGUAUCAGAAUUUGCGCCACCCAAGAUUCAAAAGUUUCUCAGCUAUCUCGUCGGCUGGCUUUCCGCUGUUGGAUGGCAACUUUACUUGGCCGGGGUUUGCUUCAUGGUCGCCCUCAUUAUCCAAGGUCUCAUCGCUUUGAAUGUCGAGGAUUAUGUAGGGCAAAGUUACCAUGGCACUUUGCUCACUAUUGCUGUGCUUGCAUUUUCCGUCAUCUUCAACACUUCGGCAUCUUCGCAUUUGCCUAUGAUUGAAAGUGUGAUGUUAGCCCUGCACGUAUUCGGCAUGUUAGCUAUUACCAUUCCUCUUUGGGUUUUAACCCCUAAUCUCAGUCACGCCUCGGAUGUUUUACUCACUUUCACAAAUGAAGGCGGUUGGCCAAGUAAAGGAUUAUCAGCUAUGAUUGGCUUGACGGUACCUUUCGGGGCUUUGGUUGGUUUUGAUUGCUCUAUUCACAUGUCUGAAGAAAUCCAAGAUGCAUCUAUCGCAAUUCCUAGAGCUAUUAUGUGGUCCAUCGCACCAAAUGCUGCCAUGACAUUUUUCAUGAUCCUCACCUUGAUCUUUUGUAUCGGGGACGUAGAAGGUAUUCUUAACAGUAAAACUGGAGAGCCCUUCAUCCAGUUAUUCUAUAACUCCACUCAAAGUUACACUGCGACCAAUAUUAUGGUUACACUUUUGAUCAUCUUGCUUUUAUCUUGCUGCGUCAGCGAGGUAGCUACCACAUCCAGACAAAUUUGGUCUUUUUCUAGAGAUCAGGGCCUUCCUGCUUCCGGCUGGUUAUCUAAGAUUUCACCCGGUUUGAAUAUUCCUCUUCGAGCAGUAUGCGUAUCGAUCUUUGUGAGCUGUUUGUUAUCACUCAUCAACCUAGGUUCGGCAUUUGCACUCAAUGCUAUCAAUUCUCUUGGUGUUGUUUCCAUUCUCUCAUCUUACUAUAUCACCAUCAGCUGUCUAAUUUGGAGGCGCACUCAAGGACCUUUACCUAACCGGAGAUGGUCUCUUGGAAAAUAUGGGAUGGCUAUUAACAUCGGAGCGCUGAUGUUCCUAACACCAUUUUGGUUCUUUGCUUUCUGGCCACUGACUCUUCCAGUGACGCUCGAGAACAUGAAUUGGUCUUCAGUUAUGUUUGUUGGUGCUUUUAGCGUCUCUCUUAUUUACUAUUACUUUAAAGCACGACAUGUAUACAAGGGCCCUAUGAUACUCGUCAAGAGGAAUGAGUAAAUAGUUUAGUAUUUCCAAAGAUGAUAUGAGUAGUGUAGGCUAGUAUGGAGUGUUCAAUAGUCUGGAUUGUAAUUCA